AUGCGACUGAUUUCUCGCCCGUUCAAAGCCGAGUACGAGCAAGAAACCUCCCGGGCGGUGGAGCUGCUGUUCACAACAUCGGUGGGCCUUCGUCCAUACGUUGGUAGUCAGCGCAGGCCCAUGUUCGGAGACUUGCCGGCGCAGAUCGGCUGCGUCAUGCCAUAUAUCCAGCGCAUCGAGUUGGCUAUCACCGCGAAUGACAACCGCGCGUGGUCUAUAGGGCUGAACGCGGACUACAUCUUGUCCCUCACUCUCAAUGGUAUGGACCAGCUUCUCGCCAUGAUGCCGAAGCUUCGUCACGUUGCAUUGGAGAUUCACGCCGUUCACAAAGGUAGAGUGGGAAGAGGAGCACGAUUUGCAAGACUGGUGCGCGACAUCAUCGCCACUGGCGAAGAAGUGGAGCAGCGGGUGCCAGCCAGAUUUCGCCAAAGCAUCAAAGUCUGCUCUUCUGCCAUAAUCAAGUGCUCAUUCUACAUGGCUAAGCCGAGACCAGGCGAAAGCGGCGCACGUCUCCACAUCCUUCCUUUGGAGAAUAGGCGACAAGUCAGCUACAAGGCUGAGAAGCCAGAGCGACACGAUGGCACUGCGCAUGAUGGCCAUUUCGUACUAAGCGCCAGGGACGCAGGCUCUUUUGACUUGGCAAUGGAGGAGACCAUGAUUUUGAGUAAUUACGACGAAGUGGAGGGAGGAGUCGUCGAUGAGGAGCAUGUGAGGGAGUAUGAGGCGGCCGAAGGCACUUCGGGAAUUGGGGUUUGA